AUGUUCAGGUCUCUGCUUACAGUCAUCGCUAUCCUCGGUCAAGUUCAAGCCCUUGAUCUUAGGCCCCUCAUUCAAUCUACAUGUAAUACAGUCAGCACAUGGCACCAAGCUAUGGGAGGAAGCUUGAAUGCCACGCUUUCAACUUCUGGACACACACAAUCAGUCUCCUUGUCGUCUUACUGCGAGACUGAGAUGGAAAGCGCACUCAGUAGAUGUGCUGAUGGCCCUUCCAUCGAUUGUCGUGGUAUUGCAGUCUCCCUGGACGGUCAACUUCCCCUGAUGGCUUCGGUGAGGCAACAUGCAGAAAGGGCAGCUGGUGAUGAGGUUCCCUCGCAACAGCAGGGCAAUUGUUCAUGCCAAUCGCCGCCACUGAAUAAAGAGACUACGAGACGCGAGCGAGCUCCGGAAUACAUCAAGCUUUGCGAGCAUCUCGAUAUCCCCAAAUGCACCUAG